GACUCUCCCCUGAAAGCUGUCCAGAUGCUGUGGGUGAACCUGAUCAUGGACACCUUCGCCUCCUUAGCCCUGGCCACCGAGCCCCCCUCCGAGUCGCUGCUGCUGCGCAAGCCCUACGGCCGCCACAAGCCGCUCAUCUCCCGCACCCUGAUGAAGCACAUACUGGGCCACGCCUACCAGCUGACCAUCAUCUUCACCCUGCUUUUUGCAGGGGAGAAGUUCUUUGACAUCGACAGCGGGCGGAACGCUCCGCUCCACUCCCCGCCCACCGAGCACUACACCAUCGUCUUCAACACCUUUGUCAUGAUGCAGCUCUUCAAUGAGAUCAAUGCCCGCAAGAUCCACGGGGAGAGGAACGUCUUUGAGUCCAUCUACCGCAACCCCAUCUUCUGCACCGUGGUGCUGGGGACCUUUGCAGCUCAGAUCAUCAUCGUGGAGUUUGGUGGGAAGCCCUUCAGCUGCUCUGGGCUCACCCUGAGCCAGUGGUUCUGGUGUAUUUUUAUCGGAGUGGGAGAGCUCCUCUGGGGCCAGCUGAUCUGCACAGUCCCAACCAGCCACCUGAAAUUCCUGAAGGAAGCUGGGCAUGGCAUCACCAAGGAGGAGAUCCCAGAGGAGGAGCUGCCUGAAGACGUGGAUGAGAUCGACCACGCUGAAAUGGAGCUGAGGCGUGGGCAGAUCCUGUGGUUCAGGGGUCUCAACAGGAUACAGACACAGAUCAAAGUGGUGAAUGCGUUCCGUAGCUCCUUGUACGAAGGCCUCGAGAAACCCGAAUCCAGAAGCUCCAUCCAUAACUUCAUGACUCACCCAGAGUUCAUCCUGGAGGAAGAUGAGCCUCGAACACCAUUCCUUGACGGCGCCGAAGACGACCCCGAGACUGACGGACUCAAAAAGAGAG